AACAUAAAGUUAUGAGUAUAAAACAGUUAUGAGAAUUAAACAAUGGAGAAAUAAUCUUAAAAAAUUUAAAAUACCCACUCCACAUGCUUAUGCAGCAAAGAAUAAAUCAGUAGAGAGAAAUGUAAUUCAUUUACAGACUUCAGAUAAACAAAUUUUUAAAGAUAAUAUUGUACAAACUUCAAAUAGUAAUAACAACGAAAUGAAUGAAUUAAGUAAUCAACUACAAGUUCACUUAGAGAGAUUAACCAGUACUAAAAACACUUGGAAUAAUAAGAAUAACUUUGACAAAUCAAACAAUUUUAAAUUAUCCUCUCUUAGUGACCUUCACAAUCCAGUGAAACAACUGAAUUCCGGUAUAAAACAAAUUGAAUUUUUAAUCACUUUAUUUAAAUAUAUUGAAACAAGUGAAGGUGAAUUGUAUUAUUAUCAGAAGCGAGUACGUGCACAGUUACUAAAGAAUACUAAAUUACAAAAAGAUUUAAUUCAUCAACAAAAGAAGUAUAUCAAACAAGUCAAACAUACUACUGAAAUGGAAUAUAUCCUACAAAAUUUGUGUCUUAUCCUAACAUUAGACAAUUUUAAUUAUAAUUUAAUAAAUUUUAGAACUUUAAAUGAACAAAUCUGUUUAAAUAAUUGUUAUAAAGCUGAAAAUUUUCAUACAUUACCAAAUUUAUUAAUGACGAAAGAACAGAUUGUCUCGAUAAGAAAUUCUCAAAAGUUACUGACAUCAGGUCAACACCACAUGGCAGUAGAAAUGAUCAAAUAUUCUGUAAACAAUUCAGUAAGAACUUCUUUAUCAAUGAACAAGGGUAACAGUUGCGCCUUAAUGAAAUGUAACCUUCUUGAAGUGAUAACCUCUCUGGCUGAUUGCGCAACUCAUUGUCUAAUCAAUUAUGAAAACAAAUUAGCUCGUCAAUGUGUUGAACACUUAUUCAUGAUUAUGUUAAAUAUUCAACGCAAGGAAUUAAAUGAAUUCAAAAAUAGUAAUAAUAACAAUAGUGAUAUAUUCAAAAAGUUAAAUAGAUUCCUUUCAAAGCACACAUUCAAUACAAAUGAAUGGUGUUCAAUAUUCAACUGUUUUUAUAAAAUAUGUCUUAUUUACUCAAAUGAUAAUCAUUUUGAUAAAUGUAUGAAAAUUUUAUUAAGUUUAAUGAACUACACAUGCCAACAAACAAUAUUAAAUAAAAAUGAAUGUUUACAAAUGAAUUAUUUAAUAAAUUCAUUGCAAUGUAUGUUGGCUAAUUCAGUGGUAUUGAACAGUAUACAAUCAUUUACAAUAAGAAGUGAAAUGUCAACAAGUUAUCUUCAUUUGUGUAUGUUAUGGAAUGAAAUCAGUUUAAUGUACAUGUCAGUUACAGGUUUGAAUCAAAAUUCAAAACAAAGCAGUUUAACUAAACAAAUAACUAGCGCUGCAUUCAACCUAUGGGAUUAUUCAAUAGAAUAUCUUGCUUAUCAAUAUACAGAAAUAGGCGCUCUAAAUGAUUUGAUAAUGCUUAUUAUAAAAAGAAUAAUUCUAAGACGACCAACAACUUAUUAUGCCUAUUCAAAGUAUAAAAAUCAAUUGCCGCCUAUCGAGGAAUCACAAAACCGCGUCUUUCAUAUGCUGAAUACUAUUUUAUUAUGUUUAGAAGCUGACAGUUCAAUACAGACUAGAAUUUUUAAUUUAAAUGAUACGUCAAACCAGUUAACGAUGGUUAUGUCUACAUUUGCUUCUGAAUACCUACAUGAAUUGGAAAUAAAAAUGAAAGCUAUCGCAGAAGUGGAAUUACUUCAUCAAACAGAUGUGAAUAUUAUUCAUGAGCUUAUAUUAUCAAUGAAACAAAAGGGGACAUUCAUUAUCACAACACAAAUAUUAGACAUGUGGGUUGAACUUUGUCAGGAUAGUUGCCAUCAGAAAUUGUUAAGAAGACAAAUGAUACCUAGGCGACAACACUUGGUGCCAAAAUUGAAUUAUGCUCUAAAUUUUGUGAAUGGAUUUAUCGAAGAAAUUCUAAGUAAGCGUACACGUCCUUCAAUACAUAACAUUAAUAAUAAUAACAACAACAAUGAAUAUGAAAUGUAUAAUUUUAGUCAGCUGCUUAGAUUACCAAAAGGUCUAAUCCUAUCAAUAAAUAAAAUAUUUCAACUAACUGAUCAUUUAAUAGCUUAUUCAAACAAAUCAGAUUCAAUGUCCAAUGGACAUGAUUCAGAUUCGCGUUUCUUUUUCAAGUUAAAUGAUGAUUUAUUAAAUUUAUGGAAUAAAGAAAAACAAAAUGCUGAUUAUUCAAGUGACAAAAUCUACAAUAAUCACCCAAUAAGUGUUAAUAAAAUUCGUCAAGUUUGGUUAAAUGAAAAUGCUAAGUGCUAUAACUAUAUUAAUGGAGCGAAGAAUGAAAACGGGGUGGACAUUAAAAUCUUCACAGCAAAGUUAACUAUUCUGGAAAAAAUUUCAAAGAAACCGUCUACAUCCUGA